CUGCGAUAGUGCUAUGGACAUUACUGUCUUGUGCCAUGGAUUCCUCCAUCAUUGUUGUGUUUGAACUGUAUAACUACACCCCAUAGACGAGGGGGAGGUGAGAGGGAUAUAAAGCUGUGAAGAUGGCGACUGGAAUGAGUUGGCAGCAGCAACAGAAUUAUUACAGCGGAGGGGCUUCUGUUGGGGCUGCCAAGUUUGUGCCCUCUUCUCCUGGUGUGAUGGCACAUCAAGCCAGCUUGAGCAUGGAGUAUACUGCAGAACUACACCUCAAGAUGAGCAAAAAAAUAGCACAGCUGACCAAGGUCAUAUAUGCCUUAAACACAAAAAAUGAUGAACAUGAAUCAGGAAUCCAAGCCAUCAAGGAAGCUCAUGAAGAAGAGAUUCAGAAAAUCCUUGCAGAAACACAUGAAAAAAUCCUGCUGUACAAGAAUAAAGUUUCAGAGGAAACAGAUCUCAAACAUAAGAUUAAGGCUUUAGAAGAGUCAUUGGAAGAACACAAAAAAAUGAAACAUCAUGCACUGACCGAAUUUGAAGUUUACAAACAUCGAGUGGAAGACAUGCAGCUAUGUGCAGAAGCACAACAUGUGCAAAGAAUUGUUACUAUGUCCCGAGAGGUUGAAGAGAUGAGAAAAAAAUUUGAUGAGAGGAUACAUAAUUUUAUGCAGAUUCAAGUACAGUUUGAAAAGGACAAACGUUCUGCUCUUGAUGAUCUCAGGACAAGUCGACUGGAAAUACAAGAACUCUUAAAAGCUCAGCAUAACCAAAAUGCAACUUUAAACAAGGGGCAAGAAACAUUGCUUGAGAUGCACCGGUUACAAGUAGAGGACCUUAACAAGAAAAUAGAAGACAUGCGACUCGAGAGGAAGAGAUUAGUUGAAGACUAUGAAGCAAAACUCACAAAAGCUCAAGCAUUCUAUGAGCAUGAAAUGGAAGCCUUGAAAAGAUCCCAAAUGUUUACAGCUGAGAGCCUCCAUGCUUGUAAACAGAAAGAAGCAGAGAUAAAGAAAGAUUUCCAAAGUCAGGAGGCUCUUUUACAAAAAAACUUAGGGAUUCUUAAAACUGAAUUUCAAGUUGUACAGGAAGAAGCUGUGAAUCUAAGAGAAAAGUGCCAAAAGCUUCAAAUAUCUUUAAAUACAGCUGAAACCAAUAUACAGGUUCUUCAGAAGCAGCUGGAAAAUGUGAAGCAGGGAGAGAUGUCCUUAUUAAGCAAACAGAAUGACAUGGAGAGUGAGCUAGCAGCUGCACGGGAGCGUAUACAGCAGCAGGCCACAGAGCUUGUACUUAAAGCUAGUCACAUUGGGAUGCUGCAAGCUACGCAUAUGACACAAGAAGCUACUAUACAAGAUCUUGAGUCAGAAAAAGCCAGAAUUAAGGAAAAAAUAGCCAGACUAGAAGAAGAAAGAACUUUGCUGCAGAGCAAAAACCAAAACCUGGAUGAGCGACAAAGGCAACAAAUGGUUGCACUGGAAAGGAAGAUCAAUGAAGCAAAGCAGACCCAGAGAGAAUGCUAUGAGAAGGAGUUGAUUAACCUGCGCAUCAAAUUUGAGGAAGAGACAAUGCAGCUUAAAGAGUUUCAUACAAAAACAGUGGAGGAGAUGUCACUGAAACAUCAAGCAGCUCUUGAGGCAGCUCAAAGCACUGCAAAUAAGGAGAAGAAGCUACAGAUGGAGCUCCAGCAACAAUUUGAAAAGGAAAUAUCUGAACUAGAGGAAAGUAAGAACCAUUUGAGACAGCAGCUGGAAAACCUUAAGGAAGAUCUUACAGAAAAGCUGACAAGUGCUAAUCAGGAGAAUGUACAACUGCAGGAUCUUGUGAAAAAAAGUGAGCAAGGACUCGGUUCAGCAGAGUGUCAUAUCACCAGCUUAAAAGAUGCCCAGAACAGACUACAGAAAGAGUUGGAUCUAACAAGAGAGAGACUGAGAGAGACCAAUGACUCUUUAUUUGCUGUGCAGGAGGAGUUGGAGAAAGAAAGACAGCAGCAUGAAGUAAUACUUAACGCAAUCAGAGAGGAAGAGAGACUUAAGAUGGACAAAGUUGCCCGUGACCUAGAAUUAAAAUGGACAGAGACCCUCAGACAAGAGUGCAGCAAAGUUCGUGAAGAGCUGAAAUUACAACAUGCAGAAGACAAGAAAUCAGCCAUUGCUCAGCUCCUUCAGCUCAAAGAGCGGGAGAUAAACACAGCCAAGGAUGGGUGGCAGAAAAAAGUGGAAGAUCUUCUAGAUCAGAUCUCACUUCUUAAACAGAAUCUAGAGAUGCAGAUAUGCCAGUCCCAGAGUGCUUUGCAGCAGCUGCAGUCACAAUUUAGUCAGGAGCGUCAGCGUCUCACCCGGGAGCUUCAUGAGCUUGAGGAAGAGCAUCAGCAGAGGCAGAAGUCACUGCAAGAAGCUCAUAUCAUUGCAUUCCAGACUAUGGAAGAUGCAAAAGUUCAGGAACAAAAGGAUCUUGAAGAACAUUUGCAUCAAAAAUACUCAGAGGAGCUUCAGAGUGUAAAGGAGGCGCACAAGCAGGUUAUGGAUGUUCUUCGACUUGAAAUGGAGCAAGAACUUCAGACUCUGCGUUUUGAAUUAGAAGAUGAGGGAAAAGCAAUGUUAGCAUCAUUGCGCUCUGAACUUAACCACCAGCAUGCAGCAGCUAUUGACCUGCUAAGGAAUAAUCACAUACUGGAGAUGGAUGCAGCUACAGUAAACCUAGAGAGGCACAAAGAGAUCACCAGGCGCCAGGAGUCUGGGUUUUUGGGGCAAAUAACAGAUCUUCAGGAUAAACUGAGGCAUCAGGAACAACAUGCAUCUGAACUUAACAAGCAGCUGAUGGCAUUAAAAGAGAACAUAAACUCCUUAACCAAGGAGCUGGACUUUAAAGGAAAGGAAAUCCUUUGCAUACGCAGUGAAGCCAACCAGCAGAUAAGGGUACAGGAACAAGAUUUAAACAAGAAACACAAGGAAGACCUGAAUGACCUAACAUCGGCCCACAUCAGGGAGAAACAAAUUUUAAUUGCAGAAAUGGCAAAGACUCAAGCACUUUUCAUGGAAAAAAAUUCUGCAUUGCAAAAGUCGUUAACAGAAAUGGAAGAAAAAUAUCAGAACAGGGAAUCUAGGCCAGAAGAUCUUCAGAUCAUUUCUGAGCUAAAGGAAAUGGUAACUGAGCGGGAUCAACUCAUCAAGAAACUAAUUGAUGACAAGAAGUUUUACCAGCUAGAGCUAGUGAACCGGGAGACCAACUUCAACAAAGUAUUUAACGCUAGUCCUAAUGUUGGGGUGAUUAACCCUUUAGUAAAGCAAAAGAAGAAGAACGAUAAAUCUACAAACAGGUUUGUGAGUGUCCCUAACCUAAGUGCUCUGGAAUCUGGUGGAAUGGGAAAUGGACAUCCACCCCGCCUGGAUCCCAUUCCUAACUCCCCCAUCCACGAUAUUGAAUUCAGCAGCAGCAAGCCACUUCCACAGCCCGUGCCACCCAAAGAGGUGAAGUCCUUAAUGAGCCCUCCCCAGACUGAGACCUCACCAAUGGCAUCCCCAGACCCCCAGCGUCAGGAAUGGUUUGCCAGAUACUUCACUUUCUAAGAGACAAUGUUUCCAUUUAUUUCUAUUGUGGCACAGCUUAGAUGUGGACUGUGUGUAAUUGCAUGACUUUGACAACUCCUGAUGUGACCAAUAUUUGCUGUGAAACACUGUAUGUCAAACACUGUGAGCAAGAGUUUUUGUCUCCAAUAACAACUGAACUGUAAUAUUUUAGUCCAUUUCAGUAACAUCCACAUUCCAUAAGGUGGCCACAGCCAUUUUUAUACAUUAGAAUGGAUCACAAAACUUUCAAAAGUUCAAAUAGGUCGGCGUUAUUACUGUGCUACCCAGUUUCCUUUUCUUUUUAUAGUUUCAUUGCCAGGCAUUGCCAUAAUGCACCAUAUUACUGUGCCAGUGAUAGAACGAAUCCCAUCACAAUAAGACGAGGUUAUCCUAAUGCCUUAGAAACAGGCAUUCAUGCAAGACAUUGACUGAGGGUCAUUGUACUCCAAGUUUGGCUUUUUUUUCAGAAUUGGACUGCACUUAUAACAAUGUGCCUGGAGUCAGACUAUAAGCUUCUGAUUGGUAUGUAUAUACUAUGUAUGCCAAUUGUAAUCCUCUUGUAACAACAUCAUAUCCUAAAUCCCAGUGUGUUAUUUCCUAUGGAAGUCACUUUUAUAUAAAAACUAUUUUUCUUACACGA